GUAAACACGAGUCAAAAGCUUAGGACGUGCCCGUAGCUGCCUGCGGCCCAAUCAGAGCGGCUGUCCCUGCGGGAGGCUUGCCGAGCCCGGAUGCCAGCGGAGCCGGCGCGAGGUCUUUGUGCGGGUUCCGCGGCGGAGAGGGGCGCGCGCGGGCGUCAGGCAUGGGCGGCAAGAACAAAAAGCACAAGGGCGGCAGCGGCGCCGCGGGGGCUGGGGCGGUCCAUCCCGCCGCGGUAGCCGCAGCCCGGGCCAAAGCGGUGGGCGCCGGCGCGACCGAGUCCGGAGCCGCCGGCGAAGCUGCCGGCAAGAGAACCUCGGCGCCCCGCCCGAGCCCCGCCGGCAAGGACCCGCGCCUGAAGCAAGGUACCGCCGGGGGAACCGCCGGGUGCAGGGAUCUCCGCACGCCUACUCGGAAGCCAGCCCCAUCGGCUUCGAUAGGACUUACUCCCGCGUUGCGUGUCGUGUAGGAUUUCAGUGGGCAUCCAUUAAGCUUCCCCUCUGCUCGUUUAAGGCAGAAAUCCGACAGGUGAAGCGCUUUCCGUUGCUGCCUCCCCAGGCUGCAAGGAAGGUUGGGACGAGCCGCGAUGGCUACUUUUCUCCCUCCACCGCCUCUGAAGGCUGGUUGCUGGGAAUCACAAAUGGGGAGAGCGCUGUGGGGCUUGGGUCCCGCCUGAGGGCUUCCCCAAGGAGCUUGUUUGGCCGCUGUGAAGAUGAAAUGCUGGACCAGAUCGGUCUUAAGCCUGAUCAUCUUACCGUAUUGCUUCUUGUAACCUGAUUUAUGCUAAGGAGGCAGGCCAUGUUUGAAAGCCCAUAUGUUUGGAUUGCUGUCACGAGCUGUGGGUGGAGCUGCCACUGAAAAGUGUUCAGAAACUUCAACGGGGCUCAAAGAACAGCAGUUGGGUGGUUAAUAGCUCCACUAGCUACUGGUCUGACUCCAGGCGCAGUUCAAAGUGCCUGUAUAGCACCGAGGUCUGGGCUAUCAGAAAUACCACAUUCCCACAUACAAACCUUCCCAUGUUUUGAGAUCUUUAGGGAAGGUCCUUCUCUCUGUCCCACCACCCACACAGGCACGCUUGGUAGGGUAAUGGAAGAGGGCAUUCUUGGUAGAUGCUCCCAGAUUCUGGCUCCCUCUCUGUUAUCCUUCCACCAGCAGGUGAAGACCUUUGUAUUUCAACAGGCUUUGGGGAACUGACUGCUUUUAAUAAAAGGGUUGAUGAUUUGCUGUUUUUAUUAUAAUUAUCUAUCUAUUUAAUCAUAUAUAUUAGUUUAACUUAAUGUUUUCUAAUGAUUCAUGGGUAAGGUGUAUAAAGAAAUUUAUAAUAAUGAAUUACCCAUGUAAGCUUUCCAUAUGUGAUUCUAGCCAUGUUUAAGCUUCAUGUCUGCUAGACUAUUCAUGUGUUUUUGGCAUGAUGUCAGUGAUAUAUCUGCCCAUGCCAUUGCUUGCUUGUGCUCUAACUUCAGCAUGGUCUAGUAUAUGUAAAAGGAGUACACUGAUAACAAACAAGUAUUCCAGUUAUUUAUAUCAGGAAAGCAGUGUUUUGACUGUCAGUUUUGCCUCUGUAUGAUAUUACUCAAAUAAUUUUUGUUUGGCUACACAGGUCCAAAAACCUACAGCUUUGGUUCAUCAUCUGACUCUGGUGCUUCCGCAAAUGCAGAUAAAUCUAUUCUUAAGGUAAGGGCAUCUGUUAGGGAAAGACGCAUGUUUUAUUAUGUUAGACUAAUCUGAAGUGAAAGUAUUGUACAUAAGUAAUAUUGAGCAUUCCUUCACCUUUAAAGCAUCACGCGCUAUUAAGUAAUUUCUUUACAUAGAUGCAUAUUUAGUACAUCAAUCUUUUCAUGUAGUAAUCUGAACAAUUCAUGCCUCAGUGUAUAUUCUGUUUCAAUGGGCUUGCAUUUGUGCUCGGCUAUUAAUGCACUUGCAGCUAACAGUUUGCAAGAACUUGUUCUGGUUGGAACUAUUUUUUGCCUUCACAGGUAGUGAUUAACAGUAACUUGGAAAAAAGAAUUAUUGGUGUAAUCAAUGAGCAUAAGAAACAAAGUGGUGAACAGGGAAUGAUUUCUAGAAGACUUACAGCAAAGAAAUUACAGGUGAAAUAUGAGAAACAAAUGUAGUAACAAAUGUUUGGGAAUGGGGGAGUCACUGAAAAGGUUUAAUCAUAAUUCAGUUUAGUUCGAUUUUUAUAAUUUCAUGUGUCUUUUUAAAAAAAAAUCUUCAUUGAAAUUGAUAGUGAAGACUUAUUUGUUGUAUUCCGCUUUGUUGACUAUCCUACUGUUCAUCAGCAAACAAGGAAGAAAGGAAACCAGCCUUAGCCAUUGGCCUAUCUAGUUCAGUAUUCUGUACAUUAACUGGCAGCAGUUCUCCAGGUUUUAGGUAGACAUUCCCCCCCCCCCCAGCCCUACCUGGAGAUGCUGAGCAUUGAACCUGGCAUUUCCUACAUACACUGAGCUAUGGCUUUGUUUUGAAAGAUAUAUACAAGAAUGUAUUUGUGGUUGAACUCAGUUUCCUUCUGAAGCAUACAUUUCCAAACCAUUUCCUUACUGUACCAACCUUAAUCAUGGACAAUGCAAACUAAGAUUCUAAAUCAGUUUUUGAAAUCAGAAUUUGAAGCUGGCUAGCAGGCCUUGCUUGAGAAGGGAACACAGUUAAUGUUAACCAUAGUUUCUCAGUGUUGGCAUUGCCCCUUAAGUCUGGUAUGGGUAAUUUGUGGUUGAGGGUAGACGGGUGGGGGAAGGAGUACAUGAUCUCACAGUUCACUCCAAUCGCUAUACCAUAAUUAAAAUGUUGAGUAGCAUUGCCAUAAAUCUGGAAUUUCCCAGACAUAGCUGGAAUACAGCAGUUGGAAACAGUGCCUGGGUGGAAAUAGCUGAAACGUCCAGAAAAAUCAUGACACAUGGCAACAGAAGUCUUGAUUUUGGAGAACUUCCUUAAAAAUAGACCCAGAACUUCAAAGAUCAACAACUUUGGGCAAAACUUAAAAAAAAAAAAAAAAGCUCACCAACCACCACCACCACACCACCCAAAAAAAUUUUGUGUUCAGAUUUUCACUUUCUGAAAUAUGGUAACCUAACUUUGGGUUCCUCUGUAACAUCUCAAUACUAGCUGACUACCUCUUUGAACUGUUAACUUCGCAUAUUAUACAAAACUUUUGGGACUGAUCCCAAGGAACUCUGAUUGACACAUUUAGCUUCCAGUGAGUAUGGAUUUCCUUAUGCCCUACACUUCCAGUGGUAUAAAACUACUAUGUAGUAACAGUAAAUGGAGAUUGCUUUUUCAAGUGUUUCCAAGAUAAAAAGUCUGGGGCAAGUAUCCUCUGAUUCCUUAACAUACUGUUCUUUGUAGGAUGUGUACAUGGCUUUGCAAGGAUUUUCUUUUAAGACUGAAGAUAUUGAAGAAGCUAUGAAAAAUACUAUUUUGUAUGGUGGUGAUCUGCAUUCUGCACUAGACUGGCUGUGCUUAAACCUUUCUGAUGGUAAAUAUAAAGGAAAAAUCUGGCUUUGAAGUUUAAGAGUGCUGCUUGAAACUGAAAUUGACCUUUUCCUGUCUUUAUGUAUUACUCCUUUUACAAUUUGUUAAGAAAGUUAUAGAAGCUUGCAUUCAUGCUAGUAAUUUACCACUUGCUUACUACUUGGAACUACCAUGGGGAAUUACUUUACUGCAGGCUUCCUCAACCUCGGCCCUCCAAAUGUUUUGAGACUACAAUUCCCAUCAUCUCUGACCACUGGUCCUGCUAGCUAGGGUUCAUGGGAGUUGUAGGCCUUAAAACAUCUGGAGGGCCGAUGUUGAGGAAGCCUGCUUUACUGUUUUGCACAGAGUUUAACUGCUAAAUAAAAAAUCAAGUAGAUGUUACACAUAUUAAAACAGGCAGUUUCAAGAUUCAGACAACAUAUAUUUGCCCUCAUUUAGUUGAAAUAGUUAAUAUAGGGCAUAGGUACAAAGGUUUUCAUGAGAUGAGCAGGAGGAGAAUAGUGAAUAUAUAUUUGAAGUAAGUGCACUUACUUUGGGACCAAACAAUUAGUGUUGAAAUUAUUAUUGGAGUAAAACUCAAUGAAAAUAAUGGGAGGGUUUAAAUUCCUUUUUCUGUACUGGAACAUAGCAGUAGUAUGCACAUGUAAAGAACAUGUGCAUAAGCAUUAUUUAAAUUUCAACUUUUCUUUUAAAGAUGCAUUGCCUGAAGGUUUCAGUCAGCAGUUUGGGGAAGAACAACAGAAAACUAGAGCAAAAUUCCAUUCUCCUUUGCCUCGAAGUGAAACUCCCCAGGCACCAAACAAUAAAAAGAAGGAAGACGACAAUGAAAAAAAGGUACUUUAUUGGAUAGGGAGAAACCAUGUGAAGGGUUUUUUGAAGCCUUAAAAAAUACAGAAUUAAUGAGUAAGGAAACUGCUUGUCAAUUUUCAUUUUUUAUUGUAUGAUUGAUUUUUUUGCUCUAAAUAGUAGUGUGAGAAUAUUUUAAAAUAAUAUAUGGGAAAAAUUAUCUUGCAGGAAUUAAAUCAAGAGGUUCCCUUACAACUAAUAAAAUAUUUUAGGUUUUAUUAUUACUUGUUGAUAUCUCAUAUUUUCCUAGGCCAUGUUCCUGUUUACAGUUUAAUUUAAUAAACCCUUAGGCUAGCAAUCCUAAACUCACUAAUAAAUAAUCCCUGUUUGACACUGUGGAACUUCAUUCUAAUUAAAUAUGCAAAGGAUUGCACCGCUUCACUCUAAUCUAUGGUCUGUUUUCGCUGACUGAAGUGGUAGAAACAGGUGUAUCAGUAUCAGCUGAUCUUUAAAGAAAACCUCUCUCCAUUCAUAAAUAGAUUGAGAAUAAAAAAAAGUAGGACUAUCUCUUUAUAGAGAGCACCUGUCUCAUAUCAAGAAUGGCUAAUUAUAGAGAGUGAAUAAUUCAUGUAUAUCCUCCUUAUCAAAUUAUUUUUACACUAUCCAAAGGUAAACACAGGAAAACACAAGGAUAUCAGCAUGAAGGAAUGGAUCUUGCAGUAUGCAGACCAACAGAGUGACGAAGAGAACAGCGAAUCUGUGAAAAAUUCGGAGGAAGAAAAAUUUGAUCCGGUAAGUUUAUAAACCAUUUUAUAUAGAUGUUUGUUUGCUGAAAAGCAUGGGCAGUUUCAAAUUUAACAGGCACCAUGUUAGGUGAAAUACUUCUUGAUUUCAACGCAACCUCAUUAUGUUUACAUCUACUCAAGUAUCCAUUAAAGUAUGAGUCCUUUGUCAUUCAUAUCAAGCAGCUUGUUACAUAAUUCCAGGCCUAAGAAAACUGAAAAUGCUUUUCAUAGUUCUAGAACUCUACUGUGAGUGCUUAAGAGCAACUUUCUUGAGUUGAUGCAGUACAAUAUGCUUACUAUCAUCUUUCACUCUUUGUAAGUUCAAAGAGCUCUAAAAGGAAAGUCGCUUCUCAGCUGAUGUGGAGAUGAGCAGAGAUUAAAGAUCAGGGUGAGAUUGUCACGAAGAGACUCUGAUCUUAGUGUGUUGUGGAGGGGGGUGGAGAUUGUAAAUGCUUUUGUAAGCCUUCUCCCUCUUCCCAUUUGAGAUUGGAGGGGAAGUCAUUUUGACAGGUGAGCAUCCCCACCCAGCUGUCAAUCAUGUCUUGUUAUAAUGACACCAUGGGUAGACCACCUGUUAGAUUUGGCCCUAUGAGGCCAGUCUGGCUCAUGGAGCCAAAACUGUCCCCCACUCCUGUUGUAGACUGUGUGCCAUUUAAUCUGCACUUGCAUAAUAACUAAGUAGCUCAUCUGGAACAGAAUGAAAGAUAUUUACACUUGGCUGGGAAACUUGUGGAAGCAAAAGAACAAGCAAGUUCUUCCAAGCAAGACAAAAACAAGCAAGGACAGAAGGUGGCGCAAGAGAAAAUAAGGCGCAUUCAACAAGGUAGGAGCGAGCACUCAAAAUUCAUUUAUCUGUAGCACUUUGGGGAAAAAACACUAUUGGUAUUGAAUGUGAAGAAGCAUGUUUAUUGUUGGUGCUAUACAAACAUGAUUGACUUUUUUAUUUCCAUUAUGAGAUUGAUCAAGUUGUGUGUGCAAAAGCGCAAUUGCUCCCAUUCCACUUGGUACAAAGGAAAGCUAAAUAAGUUCCAUCAUACUUUCAGGUUCAGAAUCCAGAGCCUGGCCUUUCUGUGUUACACAAAUGCACAUAGGGAAGUUUUCAGAAUGUGACUGGCAAGACCCGUGUCUCAUGCCCACUUGGCACUUCUCAAACAUAGGAAUGCAAAUUUUCUGAUCUUCAACCCAAAAAGAUAUUCCCCCAAGCCAUUUAAAGAUAUGCAAUCCACUCCCUUCUCUUUAUCCUUCCCACUAUGGUAGCCAAGGCCUUACCUAACUUAUGUUUCCUUCUUGGCAGAAAUGGCAGGACUGGAAGAACACCCCGUGUUUAAUCCUGCAAUAAAAGUUACAAACCAACCAAGUGACAAGAAAAAGGUUCCUGUGCCUCUUGAAGUGGGUGGUGCAUUGAAUUUGCGCAUGCUUGAAAAACCUCAAGCUCCUCCUGAGGAACCAAAAGGUAUGGAGCAGUUUGUUUAAAACAACAUAAAACCUUUAUCAAGAAUUAUCUAGAAUAAAUUACCAUCCUUGUGUAGAAAUGCAAGGAAGAGAAUGCCUAAAAUGGCAUGAUGUGAUUUUCUUAGGUAACAGGUUUUCUGGCAUGAGUCUGCAACAUCUGCAAGACCUGUCAUUUAGCCUGAUGUAGGUUUACUACCUUGAGCAGAUCUGGGAAACUUUUAGGCCUCCAGAUUUUGCUGAACUGCAACUCCUUUCAAACCUAUGGCCAGGGUUGAUAGAACUUGUAGUUCAGCGGCAUGUGGAGUGCUCAAAGGAUUACCAGAUCUGAUCUUGAGUGUGUAGUAAGAUUCUGAAGCACUUUCUCUAGUGGCUUAGUCUCAAAACACAUCACCGCUUUGCCUUUUUAUAUGCUCCUGAAAGACAAACAACAUGGGACUCAAACAACUGCACCUUUCUUGGGAAGGCAUGUUGCAUAUGGUUUCACAUUAUAAUCAUGUGAAUUCACACAUUCAAGUAAAGCAAAAGCCAAUAUGGUUAGGUAAUAGCUCCACAUGGUUAGACAAGUCCUGACCUCUUUGGGAAGGGAAGAACUAGAAGAAGAACUAGAGUUUGGAUUUUAUAUCCCGCUUUAUCACUACCCUAAGGAGUCUCAAAGUGGCUAACAAUCUCCUUUCCCUUCCUCCCCCACACCAAACACUUUGUGAGGUGAGUGAGGCUGAGAGACGUGUGACUAGCUCAAGGUCACCCAGCAGCUGCAUGUGGAGGAGUGGAGACGCGAACCCAGUUCACCAGAUUACGAGUCUACCACUGUUAACCACUACACCACACUGGCUUUCCCACACAAGACCCUAAAUACACGCUAGUCACUAGCUUUAAUUUAACUGAAUGCCCUGGUUUUUCAUAAAUGUGAUAUAGGACAGGAUUCUACAAUUUAUAUUCAUCUGGAUUCUUGCACAGUGUGGCAUCCUAGUGUUAAUAGGAUUAUUAAGAAGUGGUGCUGGAGGUAAUCACUGUGUUUUGUCUUCAGAAUUAACUGUGCAAGUACAGUGGUACCUCAGGUUAAGUACUCAAUUUGUUCCGGAGGUCCGUACUUAACCUGAAACUGUUCUUAACCUGAAGCACCACUUUAGCUAAUAGGGCCUCCUGCUGCCGCUGCACCGCCGGAGCACAAUUUCUGUUCUCAUCCUGAAGCAAAGUUCUUAACCUGAAGCACUAUUUCUGGGUUAGCGGAGUCUGUAACCUGAAGCGUAUGUAACCUGAAGCGUAUGUAACCCGAGGCACCACUGUACAAGCUUUCUCCACACCCUUUCCUUUGGACUAAGGGAGAUCCUUCUAUAUGCAUGUGUUUAGAGGCUUAGCAGGGGGCUGUAUAUAAAUCGUACCACAGUAAGAGCUGUGUGGAGUCUGAAUUAGUGGUUGGGAUUGAACAGGUAACACGAGAAUCAAUCAGUGCUGUGCAGUAUAAAUCAAUGCUGACUCACAUAGUUCUGUGUUUAAAUCAUUCAUCCUUUAAUUCUGGUAAUGACUUCUGUGUUGUCAUGCAAAAUAAUGAAUGGUUUAUUGAUUGAUGUUAGUGAAAAAGAAGGAACCUCAGGACGUGAGGAAUUUUGAUUAUACUGCUCGAAGCUGGACUGGGAAAUCUCCCAAACAGUUUUUGAUUGACUGGUGCAGAAAACAUUAUCCCAAGUGCCCAAACCCAUCUUUUGAAAAAGUUCCAGCAGGAAGAUAUUGGAAAUGUAGGUAUGUACUGAUGUUAACUUUCUUUUUGACUUUGCUUGAUAAUUUUUAAUUCCUUUCCCAUUAAUUUUAGUAUGGUUAUGAAUGGAUACUUAAUGAUUUGCUAUAUGUCUACUGAAUGCACAUAAAAUGCCCAUCUUUAAAACAGAGGGACUUAACGCUGGUCUCAUUCAUACAAUAGGUAUUUGAAAAAGGCUUAUGUUUUUUUUCCAGUUGGAAAAACUGAGGCAGAGACAAAACUGUUUGCCUGAGGCUAUAGUGAAUUCAUAGUGUGGAACAAAGUCUUUGCUUAUGCCUUUUUUUGAUAAAGGUGAUCCUGAGCAGCAUCUCACAGUCCCUAGUAAAUAGCCCAGAAUGCUUCUGUUAGUGUUCAAAGUACUAUGUUCAUUCCACCCUCCCUUCAGUUUCAAUUUUAAUUCCUAUCCAUCCUCAGCCAGUCAGCAUUUGGUACAGAUUAAGUAGUUUGAUGGAGGUGUUUUCUCUCUCUUUUAAGUAUGGGCUGGAUUAACACAUAUAUGCCCUAUCACAGUUGUAUGAAAUUCUGCUGAUGGAGGCAGGUGAAGAGGCAAACAGUGUACCAUUCUAAACAUCACCACCUUCAGCCAUCAGCAUAGGAUUUUAUUAGGAGGGAGUUGCUAAGUGGGACCCGUCCCCCCCCCCAUUAUUAUUAUUUAUAUGAGGAUGUUUGUUGAAACACAGUAGAACAAACACAUGACUAUACGGAGUAUAAAGUGUGGUAAAUCAGUUUUUGAACGUAAUCCAUUCCGGAAGUCUGUUCGAGUUCCAAAACGUUUGAAAACCGAAAACUGAAGGCGGAAGCUUCAAAACGGAAGCCUCAGUACAGAAAACUCAAAACGGAAGCCACGUUUCCUGUUUGACUUCCGAGGCACGUUCAAAAACCAAGGCAUUUACUGCGGGGUUUUCAGUGUUUGAGUUCCAAAACGUUUGACUAUGGAGGCGUUUGAAAACCGAGGUACCACUGUACCUCUGUGGUAUCACUUACAAUCCCAAAUGUGUAGAAGGGUUAACUUUUCGAAUCUUGCAGUUGAAAGCCAUCCAAAGUAGAUAUGAUUGCGGUGUGACUUAAAAUGAAUUUAUACACUUUGAUUUAACUUCUUAAGGGUGAGAGUUACCAAGUCGGCUGAUGAAACAAUGACAGCAAUUCCAACAAUCCUUACAGAGGACAGCAUGCAGGCUCAACACCUGGCUGCUACAUUAGCACUUUAUCAAUUAACCAAAGGACAGGUGAGGUUUUGUAUAUGAUUGAACUCUGAAAACUGUUCCUAGUGCGGACAACAUUUAAAAUCGUUCAGUUGUAUUUAUUAUUAUUUACUAGAUUUAUAUCCUUCCCUUCCUCCCAAAGGAACCCAGGGAAGCACGCCUUACAGGAGUUGGUUCAUACUUGCCGAUUCACCAUUUGGUAGCUCGUGUAUGUGAACACGUAACCUUUGGAGGCUGGUGGAUCAGUAAACAUGCACACUGUAAACGUCCUGUUACCAGGUCCAGAGCAUAUUUUCCCUAGUUAAAGUUGUUGGUUUUUUUGUCUCUUUCACAGUCAGUCCAUCAGUUACUUCCUCCCACAUACAGGGAGGUUUGGCUAGAAUGGAGUGACACUGAAAAGAAAAAGGAAGAAGAAAACAAGAUGGAAACCAACAAACCCCGUGACCAGUUCAUUGCUAAACUGCUAAACAAGCUGAAACAGCAACAGCCCCAGCAGCCCCUGGAAAGCAAGCCCCAAAUAUUGGAAGAUGCAGAAGACUCUUGGGAGAACUUGGUUUCUGAGGAGGACUUUGGUGGUCUCUCUCUCGACAGCCCAGUUACAGAUGACCUGGAACCUGCUAGGACCCUCUUUAAGAAACUGCAGAAUACGCCUAGAUACCAGAGGCUUUUAAAGGAGAGGGAGCAGUUACCUGUGUUCAGGUACCGACAUGCCCUCAUAGAGACUCUUAAAAAGCACCGAGUUGUGGUUGUGGCUGGCGAAACAGGCAGUGGCAAAAGUACCCAAGUUCCACAUUUUUUGUUGGAGGACUUGUUGCAUAACGAACGAAAUCUGAAUAAGUGCAAUAUUGUUUGCACCCAGCCCCGAAGGAUCUCAGCAGUGAGUUUGGCAACCAGAGUAUGUGAAGAGUUGGGCUGCGAAAGUGGACCUGGAGGAAGAGUAAGUUGCCAUGUGCUUUUUCAAAUUAUCAGUUUAUAAUGGGACCUCUUAUCAUAGGGAUUUCAAGUAGAGCCCCUCCUUGCUGUGGAUUUCGCUUGAAGCAUCUCUCCUAAUGACUGGCCUACUGCUAUACUGUUCAUAUUCUAGUAUUCUUUUGCAAAAAUGAUUAGUACUGCAGAGAGAAACUAUUGCAUAUCCUUUAAGAAAGCAUCACCAGGAUAGACUAGCUCGGAGUCUGUAUUUAGCACAGUAAACCAAAAACCAAACCCUACUGAAAAACCAUCUUGCAUUGGCUAUUUAGUGUUUAAGGCGACUUAAGUCCAAGAGUGCUGUGUUUUUGUCAAAUAGGUAGACUCUAUAAAGCAAUCACUUUAAAACUAGAUCCAUACAAUUUUCCCCAGGAGUAAGACUUUUGAUUCAAAAUACAGCACAAAAUCCAGCCAAUAAUCAGUUUACUACAGGCUCACCCUUUGUAUACUAAUCUGUUUUUCUUUCUUUUUAAAUUAAGAAUUCCAUGUGUGGGUAUCAAAUCCGUAUGGAAUCCCGAACAGGCGAGGCCACUAGAUUGCUUUACUGUACAACUGGAGUUCUUCUUCGAAAGCUGCAAGAAGAUGUUCUUCUUUCUAACGUGUCUCAUGUUAUAGUAGAUGAGGUUAGCAACACUUUCACAGUUACCUGCAGAAGACUGGAACAGUGCAAAGCAACAUGUUUUAUAGAAAGCCCUUGUUUCAUUCAUUAACUCGCUUUCCAUUCUGGUUAUUUCAAGGUCCAUGAAAGAAGUGUUCAAUCAGAUUUCUUGCUAAUUAUCCUAAGAGAGAUCUUGCACAAGCGUUCAGACCUGCAUCUAAUUUUGAUGAGUGCCACGGUAGACAGUGAGAAAUUCUCCAGCUAUUUCACUCACUGUCCCAUACUAAGAAUUUCAGGAAGAAGUUAUCCUGUAGAGGUAAAUAUACAAUUGCACUCAUAUCUUGGGUGUGCUAUUAAAAUCUAAUUUUGCUAUUCUUGCAACAAGAGGCUAUAAUCCUGAGUCCUUAUUUGAAAAGACUCUUUGUUUAAGAAAUCUUCAUAGGAAACCAUGUGUCCAUAUUUAUUUAUUCUUUCAAAGAAGUGCCACAUAACGUUUUCAACUUAUACCUGAACCAAGUAAUGUAUUUUUGAUUUAUUUUUGCUUGAACCCAUGUUUUGAGGGGAGAAAAUGUUUAACAUGAGCUGCUCUUGUAUAGUUUCACAGCACAACAUGGCAGAGGAGGCUUGUGCCAAAGUUUAAAUUAUCCAUUUUUCAGAUCAGCCUUUAUAGGUACCUAUCUGAACAACAACAACAAAAAGUUGGUCCCUUCCUUUCAUAAUACUCAAAACCCUGCUCAGGUUUGUUUAAAAUAAUGUUCAAAGCAUAAUUCGUUUUUUCACAACUCUAGGUUUUCCAUGUUGAAGAUGUGAUAGAGGAAACUGGUUUUAUCCUUGAGAAGGAUUCUGAAUACUGUCAGAAAUUUUUGGAAGAAGAGGAGGAAAUAACAAUAAAUGUUACUAGCAAAGGAGGAGGAGUUACAAAAUACCAGGUGAGACGCUUUCUUCACAGGUGAUUCAAUUUCCUUUCAUGAACAGUAUUUCAACAUCGUACUGGAAACCCAGUGCAGAACAGUUUGAAAGUGGAUUCUGAACAUGCAUUUUAAGAACCCCAAAAUGGGCUUCUCUGAACUUGUUACGUAGAGGAUGAGUGUGUACGAUAACCUUGCUACUGAUAUACUUGCAUCCCAUAUUCUUUUCAAAGGGAAACAUACAUGAGGUUGCCCCCUAUUUAUCUUCAUGAGGAUCCUGUGUGGCAGGCUGUUUGAGGGAUAGUAAUUGGCCCAAAGUCACCCAGUGAGAUUCACGACUCAUUAGGGAUCUGAAUCCAGGUUUCAGCAGUUCAAGUCCAAAAUUCUAUCUGCUGUUCAGCACUGGCUCACUGGCUCUCUUACUAAACCCUUACAAUAAAGGGUCUUUUGGGACCGCUAAUGGUUUCAGUCACAUUGUAUCUGUGGAAUGACAUGUUGGUCCUUCACCCACUGUGUAAGCCAAGGCAAAUCAGAAGAGUUAAACCAUGGGUAGGCAAACUAAGGCCCGGGGGCCGGAUCCAGCCCAAUCGCCUUCUAAAUCUGGCCCACAGACAGUCUGGGGAUCAGCGUGUUCCUACAUGAGUAGAAUGUGUCCUUUAAUUUAAAAUGCAUCUCUGGGUUAUUUGUGGGGCAUAGGAAUUCAUUCAUUUUUUUUUCAAAACAUAGUUCGGCCUCCCCCACAAGGUCUGAGGGACAGUGGACCGGCCCCCUGCUGAAAAAGUUUGCUGACCCCUGACUAUCAAAGUAAUUUGGAGGUCGUGCAUUUUGAUGUACCACAAAUGUUUUUAACCAGAAGUAUCAUACCUGGCAUUGCUCGGGAAUUCUAAGAAACCAAAAAAAAAAGUGCAGUUUUGAAAGAUUCAGUCUGCCAUUGUGAUUCAAAAUGGCAUCCAACUGCAUCCAAACAUAGACCAAAACCUCCUUGAUCUUAGCAAUCAUUGUGCAAAAUUUGGUUGCAUUAUCCUAAGUGUCCAAUUGCAUAGAUAACAGACAAGCCACUUUCCAAAAUAUAGCAUAGAUUAAAUAAUGUCUUUGAACAGUGUCAUUUGUCCUCAGUUUCUAGGUAAAGUAUUUGUUUUAUGUAGUAAUUAUAUUUAAUAUAGCAUUAAUUAUACUGUUUUCUCAUUUCUAUGUUUAUGAUUUUGUCAUCCACGUUUCAGUAUUAUAAAACAAGCUAUAAACAAAUACCCAUUUUGUUAACCCAUUUCAGAACUUAUAUUUCCAGUGUUCUUUCUCACCCCCCCACCCUUUCUUAGGAACAUGUUCCAGUUCAGUCUUCACCAGGUAUUGAUUUAGGACCUUACUACCAAAAAUUUAGCAGUCGAACCCGUCAAGCCAUUUUUUAUAUGAAUCCCUACAAGAUAAACUUUGACCUCAUCUUGGAGUUGCUUGCAUUCCUAGGUAUGUCUUUUUGGAAUUCUUUUUAAAGCUGUUAGAAAGUUACAGACCAAAAUGUUUUGUUUAAUGCCAUAUAUUAAGGCUGCUAUCCUUAAUAUAUGUCCUUGUGGGACAUGUUCGGGGGGGGAAGACUAAGGACAAAUCUGGAGGUCUUGUUCUCUGGACAUCCCAGGACCUCCAUACAACAGCACUUUGGUGCUGCUAACGCAGCAAAAAUGGCAGUUACGAGUUAGUGAUGUCUGCAGCCACAGCAGGCGCUGCAAUUCUCAGGUUUGACUUCACUCCCUGAGGCGCAUACCAUUGUCUCUUGAGACAGACGGAUGCCAACAAGAAUCCUAUAUAUCAGGAUUGGUGAACCUCACACCCAUUGGUCAAAUGCAGUACUCUAGAUGUCUCUUUCUGGACCUUGGUCACACUUCCUCACUGUCCCUGCAGCAAGCUCUUCUUGAAGACACUUGCCUGUCAUAAUGCCUUUUUUGCCUGGAUGUAAGGAGUGUGUGGGGGUGCAAACCUUGGCUUUGCAAUGCAGGAACACAGCUUGCUGUGCAAAGGGAACAGCCAUAUCCAUCCCUCCACUUACUUAGAGAUAAAACUGCUUAGAGGUUCUUGUAAACUCUCCUGACAAUUUAGCAGUAUGCAAAUUCUCUUAAAUAAAAAGGAAUGUUUGCCUCUGACCACACCCACCGUUGCUAUGUGGCCCCCAGGCCAAAAACAAGGACCUUCUACCCCUGCUAUACACUCAUCUGGACAUAAGUCUCAUUAAAAUCCAUGUGACUUCUGAGUUAACAUACAGAAGAUUGUUCUGUGUAUGAAUGGCCACCCUGAGCUCCUUUGGUGGGGAAGGGUGGGGUAUAAAUUUAAUAAAUAAAAUAAAUAUGAUGUUGAAUUGUUUGCUUUCCUUAAUGGUAGAACAGUGGGUGUCUAACCAUGGAGUAUUGGCUUUUUUAAAAAACCACAAAUCUGAAUGUGAAUUGUUUCCUUAUUGUUUCCUCUGUAGACAGAACUCCCCAGUUCAAAAAUGUAGAAGGAGCUGUCUUGAUUUUUCUGCCAGGCCUUGCUCAUAUCCAACAGUUGCAUGACCUCAUUUCAACUGACAGAAGGUUUAAUCUAAGGGAGAGGUAAACUAAUUAUUCUUGGAAAAACACUGAUCAGUUCACAUGGGAAAUAGGUGCUGUGUGUAUGUUUGUAAUUUUACAUAGAUUAUGGAAAGGCUAAACAAAUUUGCUAGCUGCAAAUAUGAGCCUCACUUGUUUAAUGGAUACAUUUUUAAGUGCUGCACAAGUCAGGACCCAGAAUUCCCCUCUCCAGAGAAGUCCCCUUUGCUAUCAUUUAUUCAAUGGACAAAAAUAUUCAUGUUUCUGCAACACUUUUAAGGAACUGCUAAUGUAACCAUUGUUCACUUCAGGUGUGGGGAACCCUUGGCCGUCCAGAUUGAGCUGCCACUGUUGAACUACAACUCCCAUCAUCCCUGGCCAUUGCCCUUGCUUGCUAGGGCUUACAGGAGCUGUGGUUCAGCGAUAUCUGGAGGGCCAAAAGUUCCCACCACCUGCUGCAGACCAUGCUGGAUGAGUCGGGGCAAUGGCUUUGUGUGUUGGAAGAAGGUUGAAGGUGCUGAAAGAAAUAUAAGCCUGAAAAUACGGUAAGCUGUAUGUGCAUGGGAUUUUGCCUUCCCAAACUUUAAGAAGUCAUCAGUUGGAGCAGCAUUCAAGCCGUAUUUUCUAAAAUGCAGCCAUGUGAGCCUUUCUUGGGUUAAUGCUAAAAUGGGUCCACAUAUGAAUUAGCAUAAUGACCAUUGUUUACUUGUUAUAUGCAUGCAUGCAGUCUUGGAAAUAAACACAAUGCCUCAUUCAGUGUUGUUGUUUUUUGCACAAUCCUUUCAGGCACCAGUUAAUAGCACUGCAUUCUGUUCUGUCCACCCAAGACCAAGCAGCUGCCUUUACGUUGCCCCCGUUUGGUGUUAGAAAGGUAUGGUUUAUACAACUCUCUACACUCUGGUGAUGUCUGUCUCAUAUUGCAUUCCAGUUUGAUGUUUCCUCCUGCCUUUAUCGGCGUAACAGACUGCCUUCACUUCACAUCUUUCGAAACAUGAUUGAUGCUGCCAAAUUGUACAUAUGCUGCCAGCAUCCCUUUUAUGCUAUAGAAUCGUGUCUGCCUGUGCACAAGGUGUGGGUAAUAAGCAAGAUCACUUCCUCAAAGGUGGCAAUCUUUUGCACCUUUAUUUGGAACCAAGUCCCUCUUAGCAAAAUGGAGCUUGGUUCUGAAUAAAUAUGCAUACAAUUUGAUGGCAGUUGGCAUGCAUAAUUUUUCAGAAGUAAGGGAUGAUAGUUACUGGGCAAAGUAAUGUUUCUCCAUGAGAUGGAAAGUAGGUGUUCACAGUGCUUUUAGUAAAGUCUUCAGAAAUGAAUAAAUUGCAAUGCUGAGAAUGUAGAAGAUCAUCUGUAUUGAUUCAUGAUGAAAUACAGAGUGGCUUUACCUAGAUUCUAGAGCAUGAUGGUUUGCUGGUCCCUAGACCCUAGUUUGAAAGCAUCAUAAUAAAUCCAUCAGCUGUUGUGCUGACAAAACAGUCAUGUGAAAUAUUAACAUUCCAUCCAACGUAUAAAAAGCAGGACACAUAACAAUGGAAAACUUUGGCAGCACACUAACAAUGAAACACUUAACAAUUUUUUUGUUUCUUUUACAGAUUGUUUUGGCCACGAAUAUUGCUGAAACAGGUAUUACUAUACCUGAUGUUGUUUUUGUAAUUGACGCUGGAAGGACAAAGGAAAAUAGGUAACACUCAGUGUUGACCAUUGGUAUUGAAGUGCUUUUGUAAUGUGAGCGCAGUGCUCAAAACUCCCAUUGUUCCAGGCACAUUUUGCGACAGGGAAUUUCAUUAGCGUGAGCAGUUUCUGAGCUCUGGGUGCAGUACUGCGUCUAAGAUUUCAGAUUAAAACUACAGAGUUGAAGGAAAGGAGGACCUUUUUCUGCCUACCCACUUCCAGCUACUCUUUGAAGACUAGAGAAGAGACCCUCUUAAGAAUAUUAAAGGGGUGGGCAGGGGAACGACUAGAGGAUUUGAAAAAUGAACAUAAUAUUUUGGCUGCAGUUCUUUCAUUUUCAGCUUUGUAUUCUUGUUAUAAAAAAGUGUGCCUAGCCAUUCCAUUGUUGCACCCAUAACCUAGGUUAAAGGUGCAAUUUAGCUCCUAGCUUUCAUAUCUCAGUUUCUAAUACUAUGUGAGCAUGUAGUAUAAAGUGCCAGUUAACCCAAGAAACUUUUAAUUCCUCAAGAGGCAACAUGAGAAUGGGCCUUUUCUGCGGUGGCUCUCCAUUUGUAGAAUGCUCACAGAAAGACUCACUUGGUGCCUUUGUUGCAUAUCUUUAGGCACCAAGCAAAAGCAUUCCUCUUCUCCCAGGCCUUUGUCUAAUUAAAUAAUGUAUGGCCUUUUAAAUUUGUGGAUGGUAUUGUUUUUAUUGCUGUUAUGUUAUAUAUUUCUGCGUUCUUGUAUUCUAAAAUGUCCUGUGAUCCUUAGACGAAGGGCAGCCUAGAAAUUUAGUAAAUAAAUAAAUCUGAUUAAAAGUGAUUGGUAACAUGGAAAAUGCACAAUUAUUUUCAUGGCAAGACUUGAUUUCUGUAACCAGAACCAUGCAGUUGUAUGCUGUGUCUUGGGAAAGCAGUGGUUUUUGUUUUGCUGGUUGCAUAUUCUGUGGCAUGGAGUUGUAUGUAAGAAAUAUGGAGCUCUUUUGCAAGAAAAUCAAGAUUCUACAACUAGCAUGCAUAACGGAUAUUUGCAUGUGCUCAUUUUUGUUAUACAAUCCUCCCCCCCCCUUUUGUAAAAAAAAAUCUUUGCUGAUUGGGUAAGAAAAAAACUUGGUCCUGGAGGAAGCUAACAGGUGCCCAGACAAUGGUGCUAAGGAAGGAACUAGGAACUGUUUUUAGUGAAAUCCAAUAUCCUGUCCACUGUAAACUCUAAUCUCAGUCCUCUCACAACUUAUAGCAGAAACUGCCUCAAUUCUUUUCAAGUUAUUCUCUUUAAUACUGAGUAUUGUAUUUGUAUGCUAAGGUUGUAGAAGAAAAGGUUGCAGGAUUCUGAACAAGUUGCCGUGUUCCUACACUAGAGUCCACAGCCAGUACUUCUGAACCCAGUUUCAGCUAUAAUGUGAGGUUGUCUAGGACAAUCAUCAGGUAUUUUCAAACUAAGGACCAUUUUUAAAAUCCUAGUUUGCUACUUUGGACCCAUUAAAAAUAUAUAUAUUAAUACAUUUCCUCUCCUUGCUGCCGCCUCCAUCCAGCUUGCCUGGUCUCUCUGCUUAUCCAUCCUAUAUAAAAUCUUUUCUCUUGGGACUCUUCAAUUAAAGACCAAUGCUCUUGUUAUCUUCAUUGUUCACAGGAGCAGAAGUUUCUAAGCUACUUUGAUUUCUCACAGUAAUGUGAGUUUACUUCCCAGAAAAUCAAAUCACGCCAUACCUUUUAAAACACCAUGCUCCGUUUUGAGGUAGAUUCUACGAAAGUCAAUAGGCAUCUGUAAUUGCAACUAGUUUGAUGUGACUGCAGAAAUCUUCCACUUAGAAUAAAAGGUGAAGCAGACCUUGCAGAUCUGCUUGCAGAGAAAGUUCUGAACAUGGCUUUAAUGCUGAAGCUUUAACAGAAAUUUGUGUUUCAUUACCUUUAACCCAGAUACCACGAAAGCAGUCAAAUGAGCUCAUUGGAAGAGACGUUUGUCAGUAAAGCUAGUGCACUACAACGUCAAGGGAGAGCUGGUCGCGUGAGGGAUGGAUUUUGCUUCCGAAUGUACACCAGAGAUAGGUAAGGGUGUCUUGGCCUUCGAGAUUUAGACGCUAAGCAAGUAGUACUGUGUUAGCUCAGAACCAUCUAUUUAAAGUGCAGCACUGAGAUUGGCUUAGGUUUAUUGAAUUUAUGCAUCUUUUCCCACAGCAAAAGUCCUGAAGCUCUUUACAAUGAGAAUAAAGAAUAAAAAUAAAAAUACUUAAAUAUAUUUAGAGCCUAAUGAUCGCAAAUAAUCUAUUAUGGUACUUCACUUGGGUGUUAAAUGACUACAUGUAUUCUGCCCCCAAAAUAUUUCUCUGCAUAGUACUUAAGUGAAAAAGGCCCUUUCACCCACAAUGAGUUUCACAAUGGACAUUGAGAGGCGUUUGAUAGAAUUAGCAGAGCCCAAACUAGUCAGAUCUUGAUUAGAACUAACUUGCCUUAUUGUUUUGUUUUCCAGUAUCCUCAGUCAAUGAAAUGGCUGCCAGCUUAGUUAACACUGUGUUACGCCUGUGUACAUAAUCACAUGGCAGAUUUAGCAGUAUGAACCACAUCUUACUGCAUCUCUCCUUUGUGUUUUUUGCAGAUUUGAAAGUUUUGCAGACUACUCUGUUCCAGAAAUACUGCGGGUGCCCUUGGAAGAACUGUGCCUUCAUAUCAUGGUAUGAGCUUUUCUGUUUCAAUUAUUAAUACUUCUGAUUUAUCGGGAAAGCAUAAGAGGCUGGGUUUGAUUUCUGAAGGCCUGCAGAAAAAAAUGGAAACGUUUAUGUCUUAAGCACCUAUUUGAUCCGUGCAGGGAGAGGGCAGGAACAGAUGUUGAGGUUUCAUAUUGCCAUGCCCAUGAAUGCAAGUACUGUAAAGAAGAAUAUUUUUGAGUAAAUGUGUAUUUUGGUGGAGGACAUAUAUCCAUAAAGCUAUACUUUAUUACUAUAGGAUGCAUUAUAGGAUGCUAUUAGAUGCAUUUAUCUCUUCCUUGCUCUUGGGUCAUCUACAGAAAUGUAAUCUUGGAUCUCCUGAAGAGUUCCUCUCCAAGGCCUUAGACCCACCUCAGCCUCAAGUAGUUGGCAAUGCCAUGAACGUUCUACGGAAGAUUGGGGCUUGUGAAUUAAGUGAGCCAAAACUGACUCCUUUAGGCCAACAUCUUGCAGCAUUACCAGUCAAUGUAAAGAUUGGUAAAAUGUUGAUAUUUGGUGCUAUUUUUGGCUGCUUGGAACCAGUGGUAAGUUGACUGCCAUUACAUUGACUAUUUUCUAAACUUCAGACAGUAUCAGUGCUUGCAAAAUAAUUGUUAAUAUUGAGGACCUGUUAUGGUCUUAAGGCAUAUAUCUAUCUCUAUAUCUGUCUAUCUGUCUAUACACACCACUUUAGCUGUUUCAGGGCAAACUGCAGUGAAAAUUGUAGCAAUACCCAAAUAGGAUGUAUUUUUCAAUAAUAUAUUUGAAACAUUGCUCAAUUAAGAGUCUGGUAGGAUAAAGAAAAUAACUGUCUUCAUCAUGCCUUACUUAGGAGGUUUCAGAAAUUUCCAACUUGGCAUUUUUAAAAAAACAGAAGGUUCAACGAGAUGGAUCUGGGCAGCUUUUAUGUGCCAUUUUCUUUCACUUUCCAAAUCUUUCAGAAAUCUGUGAUCACAUAUAAUGCUAACUCCUUGCUUUCAUUUUUCCACUGACGAAUUAUAGCUCAGCUGGUGAGAGCGUGGUGCUGAAAGCACCAAGGCUGCAAGCUCGAUCCCCAUAAGAAACAGCUGCAUAUUCCUGCAUUGCAAGGGGGGUUGGACUAGAUGAUCCUCAGGGUCCCUUCCAACUCUUUGAAUUCUUUGAAUUGUGUAGCAGAGUUCUGUCGUGGUGUAAUCACUUUGGUUCUUGGUCUCAUGCAAACUUAAUGAAAUAGAUACUGGUGGGAAUAAAGAUGUAAUUGCUAUUGGAUUUAAUGUAUCAUAUCUUACUAUGGUUUGCAGGCCACUCUCGCUGCAGUAAUGACAGAAAAAUCUCCAUUUACUACACCAAUUGGAAGAAAAGAUGAAGCAGACCUUGCGAAAUCAUCUCUGGCUUUGGCAAACUCAGACCACUUAACAAUUUACCAGGCAUAUCUGGGGUAACUCAAGUAUUCUUUCCUAAAGCAUUUUGAUCAAAAGAAUGCAUUCUGUGAUAAGCCUUUCGUUAUUAUUUAUUAUCCAGACUAUACAAGGUGCUUAAAAAGGUAAAGGUAAAGGGACCCCUGACCAUUAGGUCCAGUUGUGACUGACUCUGGGGUUGCGGCACUCAUCUUGCUUUACUGGCCGAGGGAGCCGGCAUACAGCUUCCGGGUCAUGUGGCCAGCAUGACUAAGCCGCUUCUGGCGAACCAGAGCAGCGCACGAAAAUUCCGUUUACCUUCCCGCCGGAGCAGUACCUAUUUAUCUACUUGUACUUUGGCGUGCUUUUGAACUACUAAUUUGGCAGGAGCAGGGACUGAGCAACGGGAGCUCACCCCGUCGCAGGGAUUCAAACUGCCGACCUUCUGAUUGGCAAGUCCUAGGCUCUGUGGUUUAACCCACAGUGCCAUCCGCGUAGUUUACAAGGUGCUUAGGGUUAACUUGACUAGUCUGCCCUCCCAUUACUGUCAUAGUGCUAUGCUACACUUUUGAAACUGGGGAAGUACGAAGUAUACAGUGUUAUGGCAGCCGAAUUCUCUGCUCACUGUGUCUUCUGUUUCUGAAGAAACUGCCUUUAGUGCCAACAGAAAUGGUCUAUGUUGCAAAUGCAGCUGUGAUAGUGCUAACCUGGGAAAGGGGGCAUUUCCAGCCAAGGAACUGCAGCAGUGCUAUAAUACAGUGGUGCCUCGCAAGACGAAAAGAAUCCGUUCUGGGAGUCUCUUCGUCUAGCGGUUUUUUCGUCUUGCGAAGCAAGCCCAUUGAUGGGAUUAGCGGAUUAGCGCUAUUAGCGCUAUUAGCGGCUUUUAGCGGCUUUUAGCGGCUUUUAGCAGCUUAUCUGCUUAUCCGAUAAGCUGAUAAGCGGCUUAGCGACUUAGAAAAAGAGGGGGAAAAGGAAAAAAAAAACCCAGGAACUCGCAAGACAUUUUCGUCUUGCGAAGCAAGCCCAUAGCAGAUUCGUUUUGCGAGGCACCUCCAAACCGGAAAACUCUUUCGUCUAGCGAGUUUUCCGUCUUGCGAGGCAUUCGUCUUGCGGGGCACCACUGUACAACACCCCCCAAAAAGAGGGAAGGUAUCAAGGAAGCACAAAGGUUUGCAGAGCUGCAAGAACAUUUAGGGAAGGGAAAGGGGGGACCCCCAAAACAGCCUCAUGAGGACUAAGCAUGCUCCAUUCUGAAGCACUACUUCCCAUAUUCCUUGACUGUGACUGUUUUGUGUUCUUACAUCAUGAGUUUUUAUAUUAUAAUAAUUAGGAGAGCUGGUUGUUGUUCUUUUGCCUAGAUGGAAGAAAGCUCGUCAUGAAGGAGGAUACCGUGCUGAAAUGACUUACUGCAGGAGAAAUUUCCUCAACAGAACUUCGCUAUUAACUCUGGAGGUACCAGCAACAAUUUUGCCAUUUAAAACACUUCAGCCUUAUUUAGGCAUUUAUAAGUGGCUUAAAUGAGCACACAAAGUGGGGAGAACACCACAUGUCCACACAUAUUAUUAUUAUUAUUAUUAUUAUCCUGCCCUUUUACCUAAUUGGAUUCGAGGCAGCUUGCAGAUAAAAACUACAACUGCUAAAACCAUUGACAAGAAAAGCAUUUAAAAAAAUGAAAAAUCAAUAUAAUUAAAACCAUAUACAUAUAAAAAUAUGUUUAAAACAUACAAAUAAUUAAAAUCAAAACAGCACAACACCAGCGCUUUCAUUAAAAGCAGUCAAUUCCGAAAGGCCUAUUGGAACAAGGUCUUCUCCUCCUCUUCACCCUGUGCAAAAUGUUGUGGGUGGGGGCUGAGCUCAUACACUCAUGCCUCUUUCCUACCCAUACAUGUUCAUUUAAGCCACAUGCUCCAGUGGAGUGGGGCCUUAAUGUUCUCAUCUGGCAACUAAAACGACCAUAACCUUAAACGUCACUGGAAAAAGUGGUAUCUGUUUCCAUGCAAAUAAUGCAAAAUAGAUGCGGCUAAACUCCAUUGUCUGUUUCUGAUUGGUGUGGAACCCCUUUUGCAAUCAAGGCUCUAAACUGCUGUAAUAAUGCGUGAUAUUUGGGCCCUGAACUUUAUAGGCUAAUUACUAAACUAAUAAUAGAACCAGCAUGGAGAAAUCAUAAAUUUUAUUAUCUGUUUAUAAUAUAUUUAGAAACUAAAAUGAAAUGCAAUCAAGUUUCUCACCUUUUAUGUAAAUGCGUUUAGUAUCUUCAUUAAUCAAGUGUAGUUUACCUGAUAAACUAAAAGAAAAUAGGCUGCCGUUGUCGGAAAAUCUGUUGUUGAAUAGUGAUUGGAUUGUUAAGAUGCUGCCAUUUGCAUCUAUUUCAGGAUGUUAAAAAAGAGCUAAUCAGGGUGGUGCGGGCAGCAGGAUUUGCAGCGCCCUCCUGUCACCAUGAAGGCACACACGCCCUUUCGCUGCAAGAAAUGGUCCUCCUUAAAGCUGUGCUGACUGCUGGGCUUUAUGACAAUGUGGGGAAGAUAAUGUACACCAAGUCUGUAGAUAUCACCGAGAAGCUGGCAUGCAUAACAGAGACUGCUCAGGGUAAAGCCCAAGUUCACCCUUCCUCUGUGAACAGGGACCUGCAAACCUAUGGGUGGUUGAUAUAUCAAGAAAAGGUAAGAUCUGCAACAUUCUGCCAAGCAGAGGGAAUGGCGCAACAAGUCUUGAGUUAGAUGUCUUGCAGUGCUAGGAAAACGAUACAGUGGUGCCCGCAAGACGAAAUUAAUUCGUUCCGCGAGUUUUGUUGUCUUGCAAUUUUUUUCGUCUUGCGAAGCACGGUGUCGGGAAAGUUUUGGAAAAGCUUCAAAAAUCACCAAAGUCUUUAAAAACCUCAAAAAAGGCUACCACACCGUGUUCUAUGAGUUGCUCCUCGAAGUCAAGUCGCAACUGUAUUAACGGUGUUAAGAAAAAGGAAACAAAUUUGCAAGACGUUUCGUCUUGCGAAGCAAGCCCAUAGGGAAAAUCGUCUUGCGAAGCAGCUCAAAAAACAAAAAUCCCUUUCGUCUAGCGAGUUUUUUGUCUUGCGAAGCAUUCGUCUUGCGAGGUACCACUGUAUGCUAUUUCUCGCCUUGGUUUAAGUGGGCAUGACCUACAACAUCUUAGAUCUAUGGUACUUUAUAAAACAGUGAUUUCCAAACUAUGGUCCACAGACCACUAGAGAUCUGCAAGCUUCAUUCAGGUGGUCCACAGCAUGUCUGCAUUAAAUAUUCUUGUUGAUUUUUAAAUGUAUUUUUAUUGAUUAUUUUAUUGCAGUGUGAAAUUUAUGGAAUUCAAAUUGAAUACAAUAAAAUAUACUAUAAGAAGUAAAAGAAGCAAUAAAAAACCAAUUAAAAACCAUACAGCAUCUAGCAUAGUGCUUUAGAAUUGCCACAAGAGGCAGAACAAUGAUUAAGUGGUCUGCCCAUGACCUUUAUCAACUUUCACAUCAUCCGUGGGAGAAAAGGUUUGGGAACUGCCACUGUCAAAUUUUCAUUCUGACCUAUGGCAUUUGGUGUACAGUGGUACCUCGGAUUAAGUACUUAAUUCGUUCCAGAGGUCCGUUCUUAACCUGAAACUGUUCUUAACCUGAAGCACCACUUUAGCUAAUGGGGCCUCCUGCUGCCGCUGUGCCGCCGGAGGACGAUUUCUGUUCUUAUCCUGAAGCAAAGUUCUUAACCUGAGGUACUAUUUCUGGGUUAGCGGAGUCUGUAACCUGAAGCGUACCAAGGUACCACUGUAAUUGUUCAACAUGCUUUCAAAGGGCAUGUGUAACAAUUCCCUGUGGCAGAACAAUGAUGUACUGCUAUAUCAGAGGCAGCAGUUGAGUCAAGUAACAUAAUUAUUUGUGCUUGUGUUUUUCAUGCAGAUAAGAUACGCCAAGGUGUACUUGAAAGAAACUACUUUGAUUUCCCCCUUCCCAAUUUUACUUUUCGGCGGAGACAUAGAAGUAUUGCACCGUGAACGGCUUUUGUCUGUUGAUGGCUGGAUCCAUUUUCAGGUAUGUUUAGUUCCCCUUUUAUCCACCCAGCUUGGGAGAAGGCUUCCAGUUUGUUAAAACACAGAUUCCCAUUACAUCUGAACCAGAAAACCAGUUUAAAUGCUUCUUAUAAACCUGCUUUACCAAUCAGAUAAAAUCAUCCUGAUUUUGGAUAUGGCAGGAAAUUGAUAUAGCAAAUCAGUUUUCUCUCAAGCUAGGCUACAAAAGAAGGAGGGAUGGGAAGGUUCCAUCACUUGUUCUCACUCCAGCAAACCAUGGUUGGUUUUGAACAGCAGUUUUAUGUCUGACAACAUCUGACAUAACUUGUAUUUUUGUAUGUGGGAAAUGUAUUUUUAAGAUCUGAUAUGUUAUUAACAAACUGUUCCAAAGGAGAAAUGUAAGAUUUAAUAUUCCUAUUUUUGCAGGCUCCUGUCAAAAUCGCAGUGAUUUUCAAACAACUGAGAGUACUCAUCGAGUCUGUUUUAAAGCAAAAACUUGAAAACCCUAAAAUGUCACUUGAAGGUAAUUCCCCAACCCCAGCACAGCCAUGAAAAUAUUGAACUCAGUAUAUGUAAAAUUUGUGGAAUAGCAAAACAUAUGCAUCAUUCUCUUAGAUUUUAUGUAUGAUGGAUAAAUAUCAUAUACCACUAGGGGUGGGGAGGUCACUUUUUUGCACAGUUUUCUUCAACUCUGAGCACUUUCUUGGUGUAAGCUAGUGCGUUGCAAUGUUUCAGUUAUGUUUGGAUGCAGGAGUCCCCAUACAUCCAUGGAAUUCUCCCACACUUAAGGAUUCCGACAUUUAUUUCAAUAAAGGAACCUAUCUUUCAUACACAUAAAGGAAUGUGUGCUCAGAAAGGGUCCAUCUGUUGAAACAAAUAUGUUGCAGCCUGUAUGCCACAGAGAUGCAGCUAAACAUUAGUGUGAACUUAUUUUUGCAUUAUUGGACACGGGUGGCACUGUGGGUUAAACCACAGAGCCUAGGACUUGCCGAUCAGAAGGUCGGCGGUUCGAAUCCCCGCCACGGGGUGAGCUCCCGUUCCUCGGUCCCAGCUCCUGCCAACCUAGCAGUUUGAAAGCACGUCAAAGUGCAAGUAGAUAAAUAGGGAAGGUAAACAGCGUUUCCACGCGCUGCUCUGCUUCACCAGAAGCAGCUUAGUCAUGCUGGCCACAUGACCUGGAAGCUGUAUGCCGGCUCCCUCAGCCAAUAAAGCGAGAUGAGUGCCACAACCCCAGAGUCGGCCAUGACUGGACCUUAAUGGUCAGGGGUCCCUUUACCUUUACUAUUUUUGCAUUUGGUAUUGUGUCUUUCGUUGAACAUGAGUAGAGUAGUGGAUAAGUUACCAAAAUAAAAUACAAAACUGAUUAAGGUAACCUCUUACUGAAACAAGAUAACUAUAAACCUUAUAAAAAAGAAACCUUCAUUACGCAGAAUAGUGACUUGGCAGUUCAAAUUUCCAGUGUAACAAGCACACUAGUGCCAUUUCUGAUUUUGCCCUAGUCACAAUGAGUUUAUUUUAGCAUGAGACACACACUAUGCAUUGUGUGUACAUAGCAUGGCUUCAGCUAACAAGGCCUCUCAUCAGUUCACUUUCUUUCAUGUUCAACAGCUUAAUGUGUCCAAAUUCCUUGGCACGCUUUCUAAAUUUUAUGCAAGUUUUUCUUUCUGAGCAAAAACUGAGGGAGUCCGGACAUCAUUGCAAACACUAAAUAACCAUAACAAUAGCUUAACAAUCUGAAUGCACAAAAUGGUUAGCACUGGCCGCUGUAGAUGGUUAUCUCUCAACUACUUUAGGCAGAUACCUCAACAUAGGAAUCAAGCUGUGAAUCAAUGUGUGGUGGGAUUUAAAAUGCGGCAUUUGGUGAUCGUUGCUAGAAAAAUUAAAUAGAUGAACUCACUGUUAGAAAUAAAAACAUGAUAGCUCUCGGGAUUAUAUUCCAACCUAUUCUUUUAAACACAAGAAGGGGCAUUUAUGGGUUUUUAAACCAUAACCUGAGAACUCUAUAUCUAUGGUCCAUGUCUUUAAUUGUGUGCACAGUUCUAAUUUGAGAAAACUCAAGCGACCUCAGGUACAUUGAUAUCCCAGAUCUGAAGAGGCUGAACUUCACUUCCUUAUCAUUUCAACCCUCAUGAUAUUUUGUGCUGCUUUUAGCAGGCAGGGUGCAGAGUGACAAUCUACAAUACACAUGAUUAUAAUUCUUGAUGGGGUUGGGAAAUACAGCUGAAUUAUCCAUUCUUUGGCACUUACUGUCAUUCUGUUCCCCAGAUGAUAAGAUUUUGAACAUCAUCAAAGAACUGAUAAAAACAGAAAACACUACCUGAAACAAGAAUUUGGCUGCAACUACAGAACCACAAUAAUUGGAAGAAGAAAUUUAUAUCUAAAGUAAAGAACAUGCUAACUGUAAAAGAGCAUAAUACUAUCAUGUGGAAACUGUUUGGACUUUGCAUAUAUUUUCUAUGUCAUUCUGUGAAGAAUAGGAAUGCAUUGUAAAAAUGACAAUAAAAUUGGGUGGCCCUUGUUGGAAUGUUUUUAAACUGUGGCAUCAACAUAAAUGGUUUCAGUAUUAAUGUGAUAUAUGUCAAGCAGAAAGUGUGAACUUAACUUGAUUAUGUUUUCAAGAGCAGAAUUUGAAUUUAUGGAAUAGGCUUUAGUUCUCUUUAGGAAUAUGCAAUUGGGGAGCAGGAGACUUUUCUUUGCCAAAGUAUAUGUGCUACAUAAUUAUCAAUAGGAUUUUUAUCUACAUCAUGGUAAUUUGAUGCAAUACAUUUUACAAAAUUGCUGUUCUUUGAUUAUUACUCAUGCAGUGAGUUUGAAGAGAGCAAAUUACAAAUCAGUAUUUGUAGAAGCCGUUAGUUCUGGAGUUCCAUUAAUCCUUUAGAACCCUUCCUCUUUUGCAUUGACAUCAUGUGCCUGAAUUGAGUAUGUACCAAACCUUGAGAGAGAAUUGUUAAAGGUCUUUUACAAAUAAAUAUUUAGCAUUGCACAUCAAGAAUUUAAAAGUACGUGCUUCAGAAGAAAAGAUGUAAUGAGGAAAAAUAAAAUAACCAUUACUUUUUAAUAAGCCUAAAUCUUAGAGGAACUUCUCUCCGGCAGAGUCUUCCUCUUUCUAAGCUUCCAUUUGCCUUCACCUUCUUUACAGAAUUUGACUUCUCUCCCUACUUUUUAAAUGUACUGCAGAAGCUACAAGAACUGUGUUCAGUCUUUAGAUACCAGCAAUGAAUCUAUAAUCCAGCCAAAUAAAAUAUUUUCCACUCAUA